AUGACUGUGACUUUGGUAGCGUCUGCCCUGCGGCGGUCAUCUUCACAUUUGUGCUUUAGAGCACGGCAUUUCUCUUGCUCGGCGACGAGAGAAGCAUCAUGGGGCUUCAUCGGGUUGGGUGCCAUGGGCUAUCCCAUGGCGAAGAACCUCCGAGCUAAAAUCCCCGAGGGCGACACGAUGACUGUCUUCGAUGUCAAUACGGCCUCGCUGGAGAAAUUCUCCCAGGAAGCUACCCCGACUGGAGUCGUUGUUGCGAAGAGUCCUCGUGAAGUCGUGGAAAACUCUGACAAUAUCGUUUCGGCGCUCCCUGAACCUCGUCACGUAAAAGGCGUUUUCGAGGAGGUCCUCGCCUCGUCCUUGCCCAAGGCGCCGAGCCAGAGCUCUCGUCUUUUUAUCGACUGCUCCACGAUCGACCCGUCAACCUCCAGGGAGGUGGCUAAACUGGUGAAAGAAAAGGCUGGCGCAAAGUUUGUUGACGCCCCCAUGUCCGGCGGCGUGGUUGGCGCUCGCGCCGGAACUCUGACCUUCAUGGUCGGCGCGGAAGAGGAGGAUGUGCCCAAGAUCCGAGAGAUUUUGUUGCUCAUGGGAAAGAAGGUCUGGCACAUGGGACCGCAAGGUACUGGUCUUAGCGGCAAAUUGGCCAACAACUAUGCGCUGGCGAUCAACAAUAUUGCUGCGGCUGAAGCAUUCAAUUUGGGUGUAAGAUGGGGCAUUACCGGAAAGGCGUUGGCCGAUCUUAUAAACUCGGCUACGGGUAGGAGCUGGCCUAGUGAGGUCAACAACCCUGUCCCAGGUGUUAUUGAGACGGCUCCCUCAAGCAGAGAUUACGAGGGAGGAUUUGGGGUCAGUUUGAUGAACAAGGACCUUCGGCUUGCUAUGACGGCCGCCCAGGAGGCCGGAGCCAAACUCGCCCUGGCGCAGAAAGCGAAGGAGGUGUAUGAUGAGACUGAGAAGGCUUAUAAGGGCAAGGACUUUUCCGUCGUGUAUAGAUGGUUGGGCGGCAAGGAAUAG